AUGAAUCCAGCCGCCAAGCUGAGAAAUGUUUAUGGAAGCGUUCCAGAUCACAGGGACCAAGGGUGGGAUGGGGUACCUAUAACAAAAAAUUCUUAUGAAUCACAAUAUUGCCACUCUAACGGGAAAUGGCUAGCGAUAGCCGUUCAUUCUCAAGGUGGUGGUGCUUUCGUAGUUUUUCCCAUGAAAUUUCACGGUCGCGUUGAUGAAAGGUAUCCUCGAUUCGUAGGCCAUACUAGACCAGUCUACGAUUUAAGAUGGUCCAAUUUUAGGGAUAAUAUCAUAGCUUCCGCCUCUGAAGACGCCUCGAUAAAGCUAUGGGACGUUCCGGAGGAAGGGUUGACAGCCGAUUGCAAGUCAUAUAUAACUAAUUUUACCGCCCACAAGAAAAAAUGUGUUAAAGUAGAAUGGCAUCCGUCGGCCAACGAUACACUGAUUAGUUGCGCUUACGACAAGGCGGUAAUAGUGUGGAAUUGCGAAAAAGGUAAAGCCUUCAAGACCACCAUGUUAGACGAUUCGGUUUACGAUGUCUCGUGGUAUUUCGAUGGCUCCCUAGCAGCUGCUACUACAAAAAAUAAAACUCUUUACAUAUUAGAUCCCAGAGCUGCCAAGACCAAUGAUUCAGUCGUGGCUCAUGCAGGCGCUAAAUGCAUGAAAGUUGUGUGGCUAGGCAAAACCCCUUAUAUCUGCACUACCGGAUUUUCCCGCACGAGUGAAAGGCAAGUAUCCGUUUGGGACCAGAGAAAUUUAGCGGAAGGGCCCGUACAUUUGGAAAUAAUCGAUAGCGGACCCGGUGCACUUUAUCCAUUUUACGAUCAAGAUUUAUCGAUUUUAUACAUUGCCGGUAAAGGUGACGCCAACAUUCGUUAUUACGAGUUGAGGAACAGCCCACCUCACUUGAUCGGGUUGAAUCAGUACUCGUCUAAUAAUCCUCAGAGAGCCGUUGGAUACAUGAACAAAAGACACGUUGCUACUGGCAAAUGCGAAAUAUUUCGAUUUUUUAAAUUGCACGCCAACGGCAAUUACGUAGAACCUCUUUCUAUGAUAGUACCCCGCCGACCAGACUCGGGAUUUCAAGAUGAUCUUUACCCACCCACCAAUGGUCCAGCACCAGCCAUGAGUGUUUCAGAUUACGAAGAAGGGGGUAAUAAACCACCGACUCAAGCCUCAUUUGAAGCCGGCGAAGAACCAGAGUAGUUAUGGACAAAAUAUUAUUUCUAUAUUCUUGUGUACUUGCUAAAUAUUAAUUUAUAAUUUAUCGUGAUGGCCGAGCAAAUGUUUAAA